AUGGAUCAUUACAUUGGCAUUGAUGUCGGCACAGGCAGUGCACGUGCCUGCAUCAUCAACUCAGCGGGGGACAUUGUCGGGGAGGGCUCAGAAAAUAUCGAUCGACAAGAUCCUGAGCAUGGAUUCCAUGAACAAUCUACAACAAAUAUCUGGCAAAGUGUUUGUAUUUCAGUCAAAGAUGCCUUGAAAGAAAACAAUACGGACCCGGGCUCGAUUCGUGGAAUCGGGUUCGAUGCGACCUGCUCCCUCGCAGUCUUUCAUUAUGAAACUGACGAGCCAGUUUCUGUGACAUACCCAGACUUCAAGUCCGAGCAAAACGUCAUCUUAUGGUUGGACCAGCGUCCAAUCGAAGAAACCAUGCAGAUUAACAACACUGCUGAUCCUGACUUGCUCCGAUAUGUAGGAAGCAAGAUGUCUCCUGAAAUGGAGAUUUGUAAGGUUCUUUGGCUCAAGAACCACAUGCCUCAGGAGAUGUUUGAUAAAUGUAGCUUUUAUGACCUGGCUGACGCCCUUGUUCACAUCGCAGCUGGCACAGAAGAUAAAAGCUUUCAAAUCGCUGAUCGAAAAAGCGGUUCCAUGCCGGUUGGAAUUGACGGAAGUGUCAAGGGCUGGAAGGAGAACUUUCUGAGGGCCAUUGGCCUGGGAGAUUUAGCCCAGGAUGGAUAUAAGCGGAUCGGUGGCGUGAAUAAGAGCGGCGAAUAUCGAAGUGCAGGCGAGUUGGCGGGUCAUCUUUGUGAGAAGGCUGCAUCGGAUCUCGGUCUGCCACCAGGGAUUCCGAUCGGCAGCGGCGUUAUUGAUGCCUAUGCUGGUUGGAUUGGUACUGUGGGAGCCAAAGUCGACCUGGGACCUGGCCAUAUGAUCCCUGAUGUCCCAGGAAAUGACGAGGCUCAAGCCUUAACACGACUCGCAGCCGUUGCCGGAACAUCAACAUGUCAUUUGGCCCUGUCUCCAGAUCAAAUAUUUGUUGAUCGUAUCUGGGGUCCAUUCCAUGACGUCGUUCUUCCUGGCUACUGCAUCACAGAGGGAGGCCAGACAGCCACGGGUGAAUUGUUAAGGCAUGUCGUCGAAAAUCAUCCAGCUUAUGGACAGGCAAAAUAUUCCAUGGGCCCAGGGGAAAGUAUAUACGAUUACUUGGAUGGUCAUCUGAAGGAUAUGAUGAGAGGUCAAAAUGCGCCCUUCAUCUCUUAUCUUGCCCGUCACUUCUCCUUCUACGGCGAUCUGUAUGGAAACAGAUCCCCUGUUGCUGACCCCUCGAUGGCCGGGUCGGUGAUUGGAUUGACAAGUGACAACUCUGUCGACAGCCUCGCCAUAUAUUACUAUGCGACCCUCGAGUUUAUUGCCUUGCAAACGAAACAUAUCGUUGAGACGAUGAGCCAGGCGGGACACCGCCUCAAAUCCAUUUUCAUGUCUGGCUCGCAGUGCAAAAACGAGAUCCUCGUGGCCCUCAUUGCGUCGGCAUGCAAUAGGCCCGUUGUUAUCCCCAAGUAUGUCGAUUCUGCUGUCUGUCAUGGAUCUGCAAUGAUGGGAGCGAAAGCCGCCAGUGCCACUGAGGAUGGCAGAGGCGAAAAACUAUGGGAUAUCAUGAACCGUAUGAGUAAGCCUGGUAGAAGUGUGAUGCCAACACAAGAUGCCAGGCAGAAGUCUUUGCUGGAGGCCAAGUACAGGAUCUUCUUGGAACAGUGCAACACACAGCAGAAGUAUCGCAAGUCAAUUGACGAGGUUGUUAAUAAUUGGGCUUAA